AUGACCAUGGACGAGAAAUAUGUAAACAGCAUUUGGGAUCUCCUGAAAAAUGCAAUCCAAGAGAUCCAGCGCAAGAACAAUAGUGGUCUCAGUUUUGAGGAGCUAUAUAGGAACGCGUAUACUAUGGUGUUGCAUAAACAUGGAGAAAAACUCUAUACUGGACUAAGAGAAGUGGUCACUGAGCAUCUCAUAAACAAGGUGCGAGAAGAUGUGCUAAACUCCUUGAACAACAACUUUCUACAAACACUAAACCAAGCCUGGAAUGAUCAUCAGACAGCAAUGGUGAUGAUUAGAGACAUUCUGAUGUAUAUGGACCGUGUAUAUGUGCAACAAAAUAAUGUGGAGAAUGUCUACAAUUUGGGUUUGAUUAUUUUUCGAGAUCAAGUGGUGCGCUAUGGUUGUAUCAGGGAUCACCUGCGACAAACGCUGCUGGAUAUGAUUGCAAGAGAAAGGAAAGGAGAAGUUGUAGACAGAGGCGCAAUAAGAAAUGCUUGCCAGAUGUUAAUGAUUCUAGGUCUUGAAGGAAGGUCAGUCUAUGAAGAAGACUUCGAAGCUCCAUUUUUGGAGAUGUCUGCAGAAUUUUUUCAGAUGGAAAGUCAGAAAUUUUUAGCUGAAAACAGUGCUUCUGUAUAUAUAAAGAAAGUAGAAGCUAGAAUUAAUGAAGAAAUAGAACGGGUGAUGCACUGUCUGGAUAAAUCAACAGAAGAACCAAUUGUGAAAGUUGUUGAGAGGGAGCUUAUUUCCAAACAUAUGAAAACUAUAGUGGAAAUGGAGAACUCUGGCCUAGUUCAUAUGCUGAAAAAUGGGAAGACAGAAGACCUUGCUUGCAUGUACAAGCUGUUCAGCCGUGUGCCAAAUGGUCUGAAGACGAUGUGCGAGUGCAUGAGCUCAUACCUAAGGGAGCAGGGCAAAGCACUAGUAUCUGAAGAGGGAGAAGGAAAGAAUCCAGUUGACUACAUUCAGGGUUUACUGGAUUUGAAGAGUAGGUUCGAUCGCUUUCUUCAAGAAUCUUUCAAUAAUGACCGACUCUUCAAACAAACUAUUGCGGGUGACUUCGAGUAUUUCCUCAACCUCAACUCUAGGUCUCCAGAGUACCUCUCGUUAUUUAUUGAUGAUAAGCUGAAAAAAGGAGUCAAGGGAUUAACAGAGCAAGAAGUAGAAACUAUAUUGGAUAAGGCAAUGGUUUUAUUCAGGUUUAUGCAAGAGAAGGAUGUCUUUGAACGCUAUUAUAAGCAGCACUUGGCAAGAAGGCUUCUUACAAACAAGAGUGUUUCAGAUGACUCUGAGAAAAAUAUGAUAUCUAAAUUAAAGACCGAGUGCGGGUGCCAGUUCACGUCCAAGCUGGAAGGCAUGUUCAGGGACAUGAGCAUCUCCAACACGACGAUGGACGAGUUCAGGCAGCACCUGCAGGCCACGGGGGUCUCGUUAGGUGGUGUUGAUCUCACAGUGCGGGUUCUCACAACAGGUUACUGGCCUACUCAGUCAGCCACACCAAAGUGCAACAUCCCUCCAGCUCCUAGACAUGCUUUUGAAAUAUUUAGAAGAUUUUACCUAGCCAAACACAGUGGGCGGCAGCUGACACUCCAGCAUCAUAUGGGUUCUGCAGAUCUCAAUGCCACUUUCUAUGGGCCUGUUAAAAAG